AUGUGAAGCAGCAUGCGGCCCGGUGAGAGCUUAGAGGGCUCGUGCUCGGCUCGCGGAAGAUGUAUUGAUGUUAAUAAUAUUACUAAUAGCGGCACAGAACGCUGUCUCGCGCACCCCUCGUCGGCAAAGAGGAGGAUGAAAAGGGGGACGACGAAGUGGAGGAUGAGAGGGAUGAAUGAGAGGAUGACGGACGGUGGAAUGACGGUGAUGCGCUGUUUUCUGUGGAGUCUCGUUCUCUGCUCGCUCUCUUCGCGCGCGCAAGGUUUCAUCUAUACAUGUGGCGGUACACUGAAAGGCCGAAAUGGCAGUAUAGAAUCGCCAGGCUUUCCCUAUGGCUACCCUAAUGGGGCGAACUGCACCUGGGUCAUUGUCGGGGAGGAAGGAAGUCGAAUCCAGCUGAUGUUCUUGUCCUUUGCCAUAGAAGAAGAAUAUGACUUCUUGUCCUUGUAUGAUGGACACCCACACCCUGCUAACUUCAGAACCAGGCUAACAGGCUUCCAGGUUCCUCCCCCUGUCACCAGUACAGGAAAUGUCUUCUCUUUGAGGUUGACCAGUGACUUUGCGGUCUCUGCACAUGGCUUCAAACUCAACUAUGAAGAACUCCACAGUACGUCCUGUGGAAACCCUGGUGUCCCACCCAAAGCAGUGCUAAGUGGUGGCGGACGUUUUGCGGUGGGAGACCGUGUGCGGUACAGCUGUGUUCCUGGUUACGUCUUAGACGGCCAUGCCACACUCACCUGCAUUACCAAUACAGGAAACACCGCCGUCUGGGACUUUCCUGCUCCAAUUUGUCGAGCUGAGGACACAUGUGGGGGCACUGUGAGGGGCGGCAGUGGGGUGGUGACCAGUCCCGGUUACCCCGGCAACUAUGGUAACCAGGCCGACUGUACUUGGAUCCUAUUGGCCGAACCUGGAGACACCAUCUCUGUCAUCUUUACAGACUUCCAGACAGAGGAGAAGUAUGACUACCUGGAAGUUGAGGGAUCUGAACCACCCACCAUUUGGUUGUCGGGCAGUAAUGUCCCCUCUCCCAUCGUUAGCAACAAGAACUGGCUCCGACUGCAUUUUAUGACUGAUAGCAACCACCGUUACCGUGGUUUCAGCGCACAUUAUCAAGUGAAGCGAUCAGUAGAUUUUAAAUCGCGGGGCGUUAAAUUAUUCCCUGGCAAAGACUCCAGCAACAAGUUUUCAAUAUUAAAUGAAGGUGGUGUGAGACAGGCAUCUAACUCCUGCCCUGACCCGGGAGAGCCAGAGAAUGGAAAACGCCAUGGCAAUGAUUUCAGCAUUGACGGUGUGGUGCAGUUCAGUUGCGGAGAAGACUAUGUUCUUCAGGGCAGUAAAACCAUCACCUGCCAGAGAGUGGCUGAAGUCUUUGCGGCCUGGAGUGACCACAGACCGGUCUGUAAAGUGAAGACGUGUGGCAGUAAUCUUCAAGGGCCAUCGGGAACCUUUACAUCUCCUAACUUCCCCAUUCAAUAUGAGAGCAAUGCACAGUGUGUGUGGAUAAUUACUGCUUCAAAUCCCAAUAAGGUAAUCCAGAUCAACUUUGAAGAGUUUGACCUGGAGAUAGCCUAUGAUACUCUGACCAUAGGAGAUGGAGGAGAGGUGGGAGAUCCUACAGCUAUACUGCAGGUCCUAUCAGGUAGCUUUGUUCCUGACCUGAUAGUCAGUAUGACCCACCAGAUGUGGCUUCACCUACAGUCAGAUGAGAGUGUCGGCUCUAUAGGAUUCAAGAUCAACUAUAAGGAAAUAGACAAAGAGAGUUGUGGCGACCCUGGAACUCCUCUCUAUGGAAUAAGAGAAGGGGACAGCUUCUUAAAUGGAGGAAUUCUGAGGUUUGAGUGCCAGUUUGGAUUUGAGCUGAUUGGAGAGAAAACUAUCUCCUGCCAAGACAACAAUCAGUGGUCAGCAAACAUCCCCAUAUGCAUAUUCCCCUGCAUGUCCAACUUCACAGCUCCCUCAGGAACUGUACUCUCCCCAGAUUACCCAGAAGGCUAUGGAAACAACAUGAACUGUGUCUGGCUCAUCCAAUCAGAUCCAGGCUCCAGAAUCCACUUGGCAUUUAAUGACUUUGACCUCGAGGCACCCUAUGAUUCCCUAACGGUGAAAGAUGGCGAGACAAAUGAUGCCGGCGUCAUCGGGAGGUUCUCUGGAGCUGAGAGUCCUUCCCAUCUGACGUCCAAUACCAACACACUGAGACUGGAGUUUCAGGCUGAUCACUCCAUGUCAGGAAGAGGAUUUAAUAUCACAUACAGUACAUUUGGCCAUAAUGAGUGCCCAGACCCUGGCAUUCCAAUCAACGCUCGCCGCUUUGGAGACAGCUUCCAGCUUGGCAGCUCCAUUUCUGUGGUCUGCGAGGACGGUUUUAUCAAAACCCAAGGAACCGAGACCAUCUCCUGUCAGUUAGAAAAAGGAAAAGUCAUGUGGAGUGGGCCCAUCCCUAAAUGUGAAGCCCCAUGUGGAGGCCACUAUUCAGCCCCGAAUGGAGUGAUUUUGUCUCCUGGGUGGCCUGGUUACUAUAAAGAUUCCCUCAGCUGUGAGUGGGUGAUUGAAUCAGAACCUGGUCGCUCCAUCAAAAUCACAUUUGAUAGGUUCCAAACAGAGCUGGGUUAUGACUUUCUGGAGAUCCAUGAUGGGCCAAACCUCCUGUCUCCUCUGGUUGGCUCCUUUAAUGGUACCCAGGUGCCCCAGUUCCUGUUCAGCACCAGCAACUUUCUUUAUCUACUGUUUACCACCGAUAACAGCCGGUCAAAUGCUGGCUUCAAAAUAUUAUAUGAAAGCGUUACAGUGGACAGCUACUCAUGCCUGGACCCUGGUAUCCCUGUCAAUGGUAUUCGGUAUGGGCAGGAUUUCUCCAUUGGGUCCACAGUAUCAUUCGGUUGUGGUUCUGGCUACAGACUCAGCCAUGAGGAGCCGCUAGUAUGCGAGAAGAACCACUGGUGGAGCCACCCUUUACCUACAUGUGACGCUCUAUGUGGCGGGGAUGUUAGAGGUCCCUGGGGAACCAUCCUUAGUCCCGGCUAUCCAGACAGCUACCCUUCAUCUCUCAACUGUACCUGGACUGUUGAAGUCAGCCACGGGAAAGGAGUCCAGUUUCAGUUCAGCUCUUUUCACCUGGAGGACCAACAUGACUACCUCUUGGUUACUGAAAACGGAAGUUUCCUGCAACCAUUGGCUCGCCUGACCGGCAACGAGUUGCCUAGCAACAUCAAUGCUGGUCUCUAUGGCAACUUCAAAGCCCAGCUACGAUUCAUCUCUGACUUUUCGAUUUCAUAUGAGGGCUUCAACAUAACGUUCUCUGAAUAUACUUUGGAGCCAUGUGAGGACCCUGGGAUGCCGCGGUUUGGCAGAAGAAACGGCUACAGUUUUGGAAUUGGAGACACUUUGUCUUUUUCCUGCAAUAUGGGUUACCGCCUAGAGGGGGUGCCAGAGGUAAUCUGUCUGGGAGGAGGGCGGAGAAUGUGGAGCUCACCUCUACCAAGAUGUGUCGCGGAGUGUGGUUCUUCAGUUAUGAACAAUGAAGGGAUCCUUCUCUCUCCAAACUAUCCAAUGAACUAUGACAACAACCAUGAGUGCAUCUACAGCAUCCAGGUGCAAGCUGGGAAAGGCAUCAACAUCUCUGCUCGAACCUUUCAUCUUGCCCAAGGGGAUAUACUCAAGAUUUAUGAUGGCAAAGACAGCACAGCCCAAGUUCUGGGAGCAUUCACGGGAUCGUCUAUGUUGGGCCUGACGCUGAUCUCCACUUCCAACCAUCUCUGGCUGGAAUUUUACAGUGAUGCAGAAAGUACAGGGGAAGGAUUCAAAUUGGUCUACUCCAGUUUUGAGUUGUCUCAUUGUGAGGACCCAGGCGUGCCUCAGUUCGGCUUCAAGGUCAAUGACCAAGGUCAUUUCUCCGGGAGCAGCAUCACAUACAGAUGUGAACCCGGAUACACUCUGCAUGGUGCUUCCACACUGAAGUGCAUGACUGGCGAAAGGAGAGCCUGGGAUAACCCUCUGCCUUCUUGUAUCGCGGAGUGUGGUGGCCGUUUUAAAGAUGAGUCUUCAGGGAGGAUUCUGUCCCCUGGGUACCCUUUUCCUUAUGACAAUAAUCUGCGCUGCACCUGGACCAUCGAGGUGGACUCAGGAAACAUUGUGAGUCUGCAGUUCUUGGCCUUUGACACGGAAGCCAGCCACGACAUGCUGAAGGUUUGGGACGGACCACCUGAGAAUGAAAUGUCUCUGUCAGAGCUCAGUGGGUCACUGCUACCUGAGGGAAUCCACUCCACACUGAACACUGUCACUGUUCAGUUUGAGACUGAUUUUUACAUCAGCAAGUCAGGAUUCGCUAUUCAGUUCUCUAGCUCAGUAGCUACAGCCUGCAGGGACCCAGGUGUACCAAUGAAUGGCAGUCGUAGUGGAGAUGGCCGUGAGCCGGGGGAUUCGGUGUCCUUUCAGUGUGACCCAGGAUACGAACUCCAGGGGGAUGACAAAAUCACCUGUAUACAAGUGGAUAACAGAUACUACUGGCAGCCCAGCCCGCCUGUCUGCAUAGCUCCAUGUGGAGGAAACCUAACUGGCUCCAAUGGAUUUAUACUGUCUCCUAACUACCCACAUCCCUACCCACACUCCAAGGAUUGUGAUUGGCUCAUUGCUGUCAACUCUGACUACGUCCUGUCACUGGCUUUUAUCGGUUUCAACAUUGAGCCAAACUAUGACUUCCUGUAUAUCUAUGAUGGUCCGGAUAGCAACAGUCCUCUGAUAGGUAGCUUCCAGGACAGCAAACUCCCAGAGCGGAUAGAGAGCAGUUCGAAUACGAUGCAUUUAGCAUUCCGCAGUGAUGGGUCUGUUUCUUACACUGGCUUUCACCUGGAAUACAAAGCUAAGCUGAGGGAAUCAUGUUUCGACCCAGGUGUGGUUCUGAAUGGGACCAGGCUGGGAUCCGAUUAUAAGCUUGGCUCUACCGUCACCUUCUAUUGUGAGGCUGGAUAUGUUUUGCAGGGCUAUUCUACCCUAACCUGUAGUAUGGGAGAUGAUGGCAGACCUGGAUGGAACAGGGCAUUGCCUAGUUGUCAAGCUCCCUGUGGAAGUCGUUCAACAGGAACAGAAGGGACUGUUUUAUCUCCAAACUUCCCCAGAAACUAUACCUCUGGACAGACCUGUGUCUACUCUAUAUCUGUACCGAGAGAGUUUGUCCUCUUUGGACAGUUUGUGUUGUUCCAGACAUCUCUAAAUGAUGUGGUGGAAAUCUACAAUGGACCAACUCAACAAAACACGCUACUGUCUUCUCUCUCUGGGUCCCACUCUGGUGAGUCUCUUCCUCUCAGUUCUGGAAAUCAGAUCACAGUGAAGUUUACCACGGUCGGACCAGAAACUGCAAAGGGUUUUCACUUCGUCUACCAAGCUGUCCCGAGGACCAGCUCCACCCAGUGCAGUUCAGUCCCUGAACCGCGCUUUGGGAAGCGUCUCGGUAAUGACUUUGCAGUUGGCUCAUUGGUGCAGUUCGAGUGCAACCCUGGUUAUGUCCUGCAUGGCUCAACUGGCAUACGGUGUGAGAGUGUACCUGACAACCUGGCACAAUGGAAUGACACCCUGCCAACAUGCAUAGUUCCCUGUGGGGGUAUGUUGACCUCUCGUCGUGGGACCAUCCUAUCGCCUGGAUAUCCAGAGCCCUACGACAACAACCAGAACUGUGUGUGGAAGGUCUCCGUUCCAGAAGGGGCUGGAAUACAGAUACAAGUUGUGAGUUUUGCCACUGAGCAUAACUGGGACUCUUUGGAUUUUUACGAUGGUGCCGACAACCAUGGACCAAGACUGGGCAGCUACUCUGGCACCACCAUUCCCCUUCUCCUGAAUAGUACAUCUAACAACCUCUAUCUCAGCUUCAACUCUGAUAUUAGUGUCUCAGCUGCUGGUUUCCACUUGGAAUAUACAGCUAUUGGUCUGGAGUCAUGUCCAGAGCCUCAGACUCCAAACUAUGGAAUAAGACAAGGAGACAGAUUUAUGGUGGGAGACGUCGUACAGUUUUCAUGUGAACAAGGAUACUCUCUUCAGGGCAAUGCCCAUAUCACCUGCAUGCCUGGACCUGUUCGAAGAUGGAACUACCCUGUACCACUAUGUCUUGCCCAGUGUGGUGGGUCUAUGACAGAUGUAAGUGGAGUGAUUCUAAGUCCUGGUUUCCCCGGCAACUACCCCAGUGGAUUAGACUGCACAUGGACAGUCAACUUACCUGUCGGCUUUGGUAUCCAUCUCCAGUUUCUGAACUUCUCUACUGAAGCGAUCCAUGAUUAUUUGGAGAUCCGCAGUGGAACACUGGAGCUGGGCUCGGUCAUUGACCGGUUCAGCGGUCCAGUCAUCCCUAAGCCUCUGUUCAGCACCACUCACCAGACCAGCUUCUUCUUCCACAGUGACUAUUCACAAAACAAACCAGGGUUCCACAUCACAUAUCAAGCCUACCAGCUCCAGAGUUGCCCAGACCCUCGGCCAUUUCGAAACGGCAUCGUAAUUGGCACAGAUUUCAGUGUUGGGAUGACGGUGUCGUUUGAAUGUCUGCCUGGAUAUUCUCUGAUCGGAGAGGCUUCACUCACAUGUUUACAUGGUAUCAGCAGGAACUGGAAUCACCCACUACCGCGUUGUGAAGCUCUCUGUGGUGGAAACAUCACAUCAUUAAAUGGGACUAUUUACUCUCCUGGUCACCCUGAGGAAUACCCCAACUUCCAGGACUGUGUGUGGAGUGUUAGAGUUCCUCCUGGACACGGGAUCUACAUCAAUUUUACUGUACUGAGCACUGAGCCCAUAUAUGACUACAUUACCGUCUGGGAUGGCCCAGACCAAUCAUCUCCUCAGAUUGGCCAGUUUAGUGGGAACACGGCUUUGGAGUCUGUCUACUCGACUUCAAACAUCAUCCUCAUCAAAUUCCACUCUGACUUCUCUGGAGCCGGCUUCUUUGUCUUAAGCUACCAUGCCUACCAAUUAAGGGUUUGCCAGCCUCCUCCAGAAGUGCCCAAUGCUGACAUGCUGAUGGAAGACGGAGAGUUGGAGAUAGGUGACAUCAUCAGGUACAGAUGCCAUCCUGGAUUCUCAUUGGUUGGCAGUGAGAUUCUCACAUGUCGCCUAGGAGAAAGACUACAGAUGGAUGCACCACCUCCAACAUGCCAAGUCCAAUGCCCUGCACAUGAUGUACGAUACGACUCUUCAGGUGUCAUCCUGAGCCCCGGUUGGCCAGAAAGCUACCUAAAAUCCAUUUUGGUCAAAAAAAAAAAAAAAAAAAAACCACUUACAAAAAAAAUUUUUUUUUUUUUUUUUUUUAAUAAAAAAAAAAAAAAAACAAAACACAUUCUCUCAGGUCCAACAUCCAACAGUCCCACUCUGGCAACGCUGAGCGGUGACCUGCCAACACCCUUUAACCUCACAUCCUCUGGUCACCAGUUCCUGGUCAGCUGGUCUUCAGACCAUGGCACAAACAAGAAAGGCUUCAAAAUUCGCUAUGUUGGUGAGUACCAAACUCUGUACUGCUCAACCCCUGACUCUCCGCUCCAUGGCUCUAUCUCCUCUCAAAGCGGCGGCCAUAUUAACAGUGUGGUGCGCUGGGCUUGCGACCGUGGUUACCGUCUCAUAGGCAACGCCACAGCGACCUGCCGCCGCUCGUCACUGGGCUACCACGCGUGGGACUCUCCUGUACCUGCGUGUCAAGCUGUCUCAUGCGGGGCACCCAAGGCUCCUAUAAACGGCGGCGUUUUAACAGCUGACUACUCUGUCGGAACAAGAGUUUCCUAUUUUUGUAACGACGGGUACAGACUCUCCAGUAAAGAGUUGACGUCAGCCAUCUGUCAGCCUGAUGGGACAUGGAGCAACCACAAUAAGAUACCACGGUGUUCUGUGGUGGUAUGUCCAAGCAUCGGGUCAUUUUCUUUAGAGCACGGCCGCUGGAGGAUUGUCAACGGCUCACACUACGAAUAUAGAACUCGCAUUGUGUUCACCUGCGAUCCGGGAUACUACAGAUUAGGCCCCGCCCACAUCCAGUGCUUACCCACUGGCGUAUGGAGCUGGAGAAAUGAGAGACCACACUGCCAGGUUAUAUCCUGUGGUGAGCUGCCAUCUCCACCCAGUGGGAAGAAGAUUGGUACUCAGACAACAUUUGGCGCUACGGCCAUCUUUACCUGCGAUGCUGGCUUCAUGCUAGUAGGGUCAGCUGUCAGAGAGUGCCUGUCAUCUGGGCUUUGGAGUGGAACGGAAACACGGUGUUUAGCUGGUCACUGUGGAAUCCCAGAAGGCAUUGUGAACGGCCAGGUCAUCGGGGAGAACUUUGGUUACCGUGACACAGUGGUAUAUCAGUGUCUGCCUGGCUUUCGACUAAUAGGCUCAUCGGUUAGAAUCUGUCUCCAAGACAACCAGUGGUCUGGACUGCUGCCCGUCUGUAUAUCAAUCAGCUGUGGCCAUCCCGGAAGUCCCAUAUAUGGUCGUACUGUGGGAAACGGCUUCAACCUCAAUGAUGUGGUCAGCUUUGUUUGUCAUCGGGGUUACGAAAUGGAGGGGCCCGCACAUGCUCAGUGUCAGGCCAACCGCCAGUGGAGCCACCCGCCCCCAACGUGUAAAGUGGUCAAUUGCUCUGACCCAGGUAUCCCAGCUAACUCCAUCCGGCAGAGUAAAAUAGAGCAUGGGAACUUUACCUUUGGCACUGUGGUUUUCUACGACUGUAACCCGGGCUAUUACCUGUUUGGAUCACCUGUACUGACCUGUCAACCUACUGGACAGUGGGACAAACCCCUACCUGAAUGUAUAGUUGUAGAUUGUGGUCAUCCCGGCUCUCCACCUAACGGUGUGCUGAGUGGAGAUAAGUUUACAUUUGGUUCAACGGCUCGAUACUCCUGUCUGGGCGGAAGACAGCUGAAAGGAGAAUCAUCCAGGACUUGUCAGCUCAACGGGAUGUGGAGUGCCCCGAUGCCCUUCUGCUCUGGCGACACUGCUGGUUCCUGUGGUGAUCCUGGCAUUCCCUCACACGGUUUGAGGGAGCAAACGGAUUUCAGGAUCCGUUCCAAGGUUCACUUCAGCUGCUCUGAGGGCUACGAUCUGAUUGGUUCUUCAGAGAGGAUGUGCUUCCCUAAUGGGACGUGGUCCGGCACACAGCCCUUCUGUAAACCUGUCCAGUGUGGUAACCCUGGCACUCCCAGUAAUGGCAGAGUAUUUCGUUUGGAUGGAACAACAUUUUCUCACUCUGUCAUCUACUCCUGCAUGGAUGGCUACCUGCUCACCGGCGCCACCACCAGGCUGUGUCAGGCAAACGGGUCCUGGUCAGGAGCACAGCCCAACUGUACCAUGAUAAACUGUGGGGAUCUAGGUGUGCCAGCUAACGGCCUUCGCUAUGGAGAAGACUUUACAAUUGGUCAGAAUGUUUCCUUCCAGUGCCAACCAGGAUACAGAAUGGAGGAGGAUGGAUCACCUGUAAGGACGUGCACCCAAAACGGGACGUGGAGUGGGGUUAUGCCUAUGUGUACAGCGGUGACCUGCCCAGCUCCCCCUGUCAUCAGUAAUGGGGUACUGCAGGGCAGUGACUUUGAAUGGGGCAGCAGUGUGAGCUACAGUUGCUCACCUGGAUAUGAGCUCUCAUUCCCGGCUGUCCUGACCUGCGUGGCCAAUGGCACCUGGAGCGGCAUGCUACCACAGUGCUUACCCAAGUUUUGUGGUGACCCAGGUACUCCAGUCGGGGGUUUCAGAGAGGGACGCAGUUUCAUCUACCAAUCAGAAGUUACCUUCAGUUGUGCUCCUCCUCUCAUUCUGGUCGGCACGGCAACUAGACUUUGUGAAAGUGACGGUACCUGGAGUGGUACGCAGCCUCGCUGUAUCGAACCGACCAAAACCAGCUGUGAGAACCCGGGAACGCCACGCUACGGCUCCUUAAACCGCACCUACGGUUUCAAGGUGGGGAACGUGGUGUCAUUUCAGUGCCAGCCAGGUCAUUUGAUUCAGGGCUCUUCCUCUAGAACCUGCCAGCCUGAUCUAACGUGGAGCGGAUCACAACCUGAGUGCAUACCCCAUGCCUGUAAGCAGCCAGAGAGCCCGCUCCAUGUGGACGUGGUGGGGAUGGAUCUGCCUGGUUUUGGCUACACCUUGGUGUACAGCUGUCAGCGUGGCUACUUCCUGGCGGGAGGUUCUGAACACCGUGUCUGCAAGAGUGACGGCACAUGGACAGGAAAGAUGCCUAUAUGUCGAGCUGGAGAGAAGAAGAAACCUGUGAAACCAGCAACAGGAACUCCCAGCCCCAAACUAAACGUUCCAGAUGAUGUCUUUGCUCCGAACUACAUAUGGAAAGGUUCCUAUAAUUACCGUGGGAGGAAGCAGCCUAUGACACUGAGCAUCACCAGCUUCAACUCCACAACAGGAAGAGUCAACGUCUCCCUCAGUAAUGGCAACAUGGACCUGCUCCUAUCAGGAGUGUAUAAGGCUUCUGAGGCCAGGCUGUUACUGCUGAUGUACCAGGUGAACUACGCAAACCAGGGAACCCAGCUCAAAGAUUCAGCGCUAUCUCCAGCCAAAAUCAUAGAUGACUCCUGGACCAUGGAUGGAUUUGUAUCAGCAGAGCCUGAUGGUUCUAGUUACGUAUUUCAGGGUUUCAUUCAGGGAAAAGACUACGGACAGUUUGGACUGCAAAGACUUGGUCUGAAUAUGUCAGAGAGUCAGAACUCGUCACCCCCUCAGCUUGGUACCAACAGCAGUUCCGUGGCUAUCGCUAUUCUGGUGCCUUUCUUCGCUCUAAUAUUCACUGGCUUCGGCUUCUAUCUCUACAAACAACGAACCACACCAAAAACACAGUACACAGGCUGCUCAGUCCAUGAAAACAACAACGGCCAGGCUGCCUUUGAGAACCCCAUGUACAACACCAACGCCAAGGCUGUGGAGGGGAAGGCUGUUAGAUUCGAUCCGAAUCUAAAUACUGUGUGUACCAUGGUCUGAGGAUUGGUUAUCCUCACUUGAACUGAAUGACUUUAGACAUCUAAUGGGACCAGAACUGGUGCGAGGCUGCGGAGGGGAAAGCCGCAUGCUUCGACUCAAACCUCAACGUUGUCAGCAACACGGUCUAUAAAUCGAUGGCAAAAGACGUUCAGUCCCACUUCAGAAACCUAAGCUCCCCAAGCAGAGUGAAAAACCAAAACCUAGUGUUGGCUCCUUUCAUUUACAGUAUUUUUGUAUCCACAAUUUCAACAAACGUAAACACAAAAUGUCUGCUACCUUUGAUUGAUGCAACACAGCCAAGUGAAAGAAAAGUAUGCAACCCAACUGAAAACUAUACUGGCUAUUAUUCAUCUCCAACCCCACGACUCAGCUGGUCAUGGAUAGUUUAAAAUUUGAUUCUCGACCAGACACAGCCAUUGUACUUCAAGCUCUUACUUAACCCCGCUCACAGUCUCUAAUACCAGUAGUAAUGAUUAAGCCAUGACCUGCUUGACGGUCAUCACGACAUGUCACCAUAACCCAAUGCAGAGCUCUGUGUUUCACACAGAGCUUUGGAGAGAAGGACCCGCUCUCAGCUCUGUAACCGUUAAGAGGGAGAUCACAUCACCAGUGCUCUGGCCAUGGUUAUACAUCACGGAGAUAAAACUGCGCUACAGGAAUGGGUUGAUUUCAUUUGUACCACUUUGUCUCCCCGGCUGUACUGAACAAAUCCUUACUGUGUGGAACACAGAUGCAAAAUGGCCCACAGAUGGGAAAGUGUGACAUGAAGAGGAUGUCACAGAAGACACUGUGAAGCAAAAAAAAAACGGUUUCUGAGUAUCUGGUUUCAAGACUGACGGUAAAAGACACUGUCACCAGAAGACCAUCAGUUAACCAGACUGACUAGUUGUGAACAGUAGCCUAUUUCUAAAAUGACCACUGAAUACAACACCCUCUCAACCAGACAGGACAACCUGCUGUCUCCAUGACAACCAGAGGCUGGUAUUACCAGUCUCUUGUCUUUUUCUAUGAAAGCAGACUCUAACACAACUAAUGCUAGCAGACAGUAGCAAAAGUUGCUUUGAAAAAAGACUAACUCCAAAGUAGAAGGAUAAGGGCAGCCCUGGAGACACAGCUAUAAUCCUCACUGAACUGGGAUUAGAGCAAAGCAAAACUAAAAGGAGUCCAAAGGGGAGCUAGCACUAAUAGAACAGAAGGGAAGAGACUGACUCAUCUAAUGGAUGAACUGCUCCUUCACAUCCAAUGGAUAAGAGAGGAGGCUGAGGAGACGGAGACAACCCCUGACUGAACUGGAAGCAGUGUGAGGGAGUCAUCAAGAGAAAGGACGAGAUCUUAAAAUCCUAACACAGCCAAUCAGAGCCGUUCUAACCUGAAAUCAACUACUGAGAGAGGUCAGCCUUCUCCCUACAUAAUGAAUCAGAUCAGACAGAGUAUGGCCUUGAGGAAAGAUGUUCCUGAUCCUGUGAAUUUAAAUGGAUUCUGAUGAGAACGAUGCUGAAUGGAUACAGAGGACUCUGAUGGACUAGCAAAGCGAAAGACUUUGAGGAACAGAGAAAGCUCUGGCACUAAAGCACAUUUGGACUAAAAAGAUGGACUGACACAGGGACAGAUAGAAAGGUUAGAGAGAAACUGACAGGAUGAAUGGCAGACAGGGAUAAUGACAGGUACACGCACUAACACAAAUCUGGAGAGACGGAAAGACAGAUGGUAUUAAGACCAACAGUUAGACACACAAGGAGAUAGACAGGUUCAAGACGAGCAGGGUCUUAAGACUGUUGCAGACCACCGUCCACUGCUUCUACUUCCCAGACAGAUUUAAAGUUUAAACACAGAUUAACAGGCUUACAGACGGACAGACAGAGACUGAUCGACAGGAGACACAGACAGACAGAAAUUGACAGACAGGCUAUAAGAAAGACAAACAGGGUUGUAGCCCUACGAUUGUGGACACAGUCCCACUGUAAUUCUGCACUCUGCGAGUGCUUAUCUUCUUUCUUUCUUAUUGCUGCAGAAUCUUCUGAUCUGUAAAUCUAUUGCAUAUAUAUUCGGGAGCAUUCACCACCUAUAUUUUUGUGCUAUAUAUUUACCACUGGGGGAGGGGGGAUGAAGGGGAAAGAUGGAUUAUAGCAGUUUGUUUUUUUUUAAAGAAGAAAAAAAGAAAUAUCAGAAUAAAAGAUAUUACAACUAUGUGCUGUUCACAGAAGUCACACACAGUAUUUUGGUUCCUUUGUAACAUGGAAUAGUUUCUUUUCAUUUCCUGUGUAACGUGAAGUUCCUCUCACCAUCACUGUCUUUCCCACUGAGGCAAUCAUUAGUGUCAGUGGUAUUGUUGUUGUCAUUAUUGUUUAGAUAGGUUUGCCAGCAACAAUCAUGCUCUUUAAAGUUAUGUUAGUUAUAAUGUUUCACCAAGCAUUCAUCACAGGUGGCAGAUUUCUAAACCAUUAACAGAUGGAGUUUGUGCUAUGGACAUUUAUUUUGUAUUUUUUUUGCCCCUUCACUAGAUCUGUUGACUACUACACAUACAUACUGUACAUGUCCUCCCUAAUUGUCACCUUUGUGACACAGACAUUUUAAUGAUCUGCUGGAAGAACGGGACUGGUUGCUAACCUAACUGGUGAUACGAUGCCACUGAAAUUUGCACAUCAAAACUCUUGAGUUCAAAGAUGUCAACAAACUCAGCGUUGUCAUGGCAACACAGAAACAUCCCAGCUCUUGAUGGAACCCACGUGUUUAAACUACACAUGGCCAAAAAUCUUAUCUAACUCCAACUCUGGUUCAGGUUAAUGUUUUUCAUUGUCUCUCACAAGGCCAGGCUAAAAGUAGAAACAUAAAAUGAUAUAAAUGAUAAUAGUGAUAAUUGCUGGUGAACUGUUUGUGGAUGGCGGUCUACUUUCAAGAUGUUUUUACCCACGUAGGAAAUUUGUUUGCCAGUUCAUGUUUGUAUUUUCUCCCUCAUACAUUUUAGGGUGUUUUCAAUGGGUUUGUUUGUGAAAUAUUGCUAAAAUGAUGAUCUAAUUAAGUUGCAAAAUAUACAGGUUUUAACCAUGUUUGUUCAUAAAGCCUCAAAGACAAGAUCUGUAAAUAUUACAUGAUCAUCAACUCCAGGUUUUAUAUCACUGAGUCUUGGUUCUAAAGGUUUCCCCCUCUGUUAAAGAUGUGUUUGGUCUCACAAAUCAAUACUGAAAUGUCUGAGAUCACGAGAAUUCUGCUUUAGGGUGUUUCUGGUUACAUUUAACCAAAUGAAAUCCACAUAAAUUAUAAAUUGUCACACAUUAUUUUCAAAUCUUUAAUUUGAAUUUGAAAGAAAAAGUUUGUACUACCUUUGGCACUUCCUAAAUCGUGCACAGUAGAUUUUAAUCACAGUGUUUUGCUUGUGUACAUUGCAUUUCAAAAAGCUAGAAGUCCUUGAAUGUAAUUUAUUUCAGAGACACUGAAGCUUUAAGAUGAGCUCACCAUUUGGGAGAAGAUCUUAAGAUUUCACUUCGACAAUUGAGUAAAUCUAAACACACAACCGCGGCCAUUGAGAUUUAAUAUUUCCCCUCGCUUUUGCUAAUUUUUAUUUGUUGAAAAUGUAGCCUUAUAAUCUCAGCUCAGUGUUGCUUGGCUGGUAGCUCUUUAUUUUUUUUCAGAUCUGAUUUACAACCUACUUUUAUUACAUUUUGUACAGCUGGCAACCGUCACUGUAUUUAGCUCCUGUGAGUCACUGGAGGCUGUUGUUCCACAUGUUGCUGGCGUUCCUGAAGGCUUCAUGUGCUGUAUGUAAACCACUGCUGAGAGAAGAGAAACCAACAUCCAUAAAAAAUGGGUUAUAUUGUAAGAGUUAGGCCUAAAAAUGCACCAUAUACCAUACCUACAUUAAUUGGUUUCCACAUGACAAGAAUACAUGUAUUAAUGAGCAUGAGUCACUGUUUUUCAGCUUUGGUGCCCAUUUAAGAAAAAAAAUAUCUUAUUUGUUUUGAAGAGUCUGGUUUAAAGGUUUAAAAACUGAAGUUAGUGAGUUUGGGUCCCACACUUGAUGAAUGCCAGUUUUUUUUUUUUUUUAUGAGUGUGGGUGUCAGGGUGAGCGAAAACAUCUGCUUGGCUUUAAGAACCCCUGCUGACCUGACCACAGCCGCCGACUGCAACCAGCUGACAGAAAACUCCUUUUAAAGUCAUCGCUGCGGCUUCAUUGUUUAUCACUGCUGCGACUGUCCUGCACUUCAUGGCCGUGCUGACAUUGUUUCUUAUUACAAUUUGGAUUGAUUGUUGCUGCUGCUGCUGCUGUUGUUGUUGUUGCUGUUGUUGCUGUUGUUGUUGUUGUUGUUUUCGGUAUGGAUCUGACACAGUGCCUACCAAAAACCAUGGGACCCUCCCUGUCAUCUACAUAUGCGCGCUCUUUCAAACACAUACACGCUCACAGACACAUACAUACAUAUAAACACACACCUGCUCUAGCGCUCCCCUUCGUCAGAAGUCAUUUUUUUCUAAGCUUCAGUCUAUUUUGCCACAAGCUUUUCCUACUGACUGACCGCAAUAAGACUCAUGUGAUUUGAAGGACUUAAAGCUGUUCCUGCCUGGGGACAUUGGAAAUAUUCACCAUUUGAGAAAAAAAAAAGAUGAAAUAUAGAAUAAAAAAGUGUUUUGUACAGAAAUAUAUUUUUAUGAUGAAAUUAUUUGUAAAAUGUAUGAAUCUAUUAUGUAAAUUUUCAAUGCAAUGUAAGAUUAAAAAAAGGCUAAUUGCUUUUGUAAAAAA